AUGGCUUCCAACAUGUCCAGUCUCAACACCAAUUUCGAUCCUGAUUACGACUCCUUUCUAAACCUUGACAAUGACUUCACUCCUUCAUCAACAUCGCCUGCCAUCAAGUCAGUGCCUAUGCUGACUCCUCAAUCCUCCAUUCCUGGAUCAGCAACCUUUGCUUCCAGUUCCACACCCCAGACUUUCCCCGGUCCCAGUUUCCAAUACGAUGCCUAUCAUCAACAGACCGGCAUUCCCAUCGGAGCAUUAGCCAACACUUUUGCGGUCAACAGGGCUAGUGGUUUACAAUAUCACGAGGGAAAUGGAGGAUUUAUCAUGCCCACCGAGACCUUGAACAUGCCAUUGAGUACAUUGGAUGAGUUUGAUUUCUCUCAAGGAACUGAUAUGGACUUUGAUGCCGAUUCGACCGACCUCCCUUCGAUGUUCUACUCGGGCCAAUCCUCUCGCCCUUCGCAAUUUGUCAGCCCAAAUACCCUGGUUGCUCACAACAACAUGAGCUCAGCUCCCAUUCAACGUAUCUAUCCUGGUAUGCAUAGCCAACAGGCUGCUCAAGCCAAGGCACAACAAGCUCAAAAACAACAGAUGGCUCGUCAACAGCCACAGACACUCCCAGAGGGACAGAAGCCACUUCCCAGCCCGACAAAAUCACCAUUGAUCAAGGAUCCCUUGGUGGAAGAAAGUAUCUCCAAGGUUCUCAACCGAAUGAGACAGGAGAGCAUCACCUCAACUGCCAGUGAUGCAGAUGGGUCCAACGUCUCCAUGUCUAAUAUGCCACGAAUCAAGAAGGAUGAAGAUGAUAUGGAUGAGGAUGAGAGACUUUUGGCCAGUGAAGAGGGCAAGAAGUUGACAAGCAAGGAACGCCGUCAACUACGGAACAAGGUUUCCGCUCGUGCUUUCCGUUCACGCAGAAAGGAAUACAUUGGUCAAUUGGAAGGAGAGAUUGCCGCAAAGAGUCAAGAAGCCAACGACAUGCGUGCUCAGAACGAACAACUCCGAGAGGAAAACAACCGACUCACUGACCUUACCCGAAUGCUACUGUCUUCGCAAGCUUUUGCUGGCUUCCUUCACGAACUUAGCCAAUCAGGCCUUCCAGCACCCAAUACCCAAACAAAUACUCAACAACAAAAACAAGCCGUUCGACCACAGCCUCAACCCCAAGCCAAGCCAACGCGUAAGGAUAUCACCUCGAACGAUGCUUCUCACCAGAUGCAAGUCCAACAACCCCAGAUUGGCAUGGCUCUGAUCCCGGAAGUUCCCAUUGAUCUUUCGGCAUUUCAGCCUUCCAACGCUUGGAUGACCGCUCUACCAACAUCUUCUGAUUUCCAGGUUUAUGCUGUUACAGAACUACCUGAAGCCCCAGUCCUUGAUCUCGAGGCUCUCUCGGGAAAGCCAGGCUCAAUCUUCAGUCGCCCAGCAUCAGCCAAGAAUGUCCCCAAGCUGCCCGAAUUAAGUGUAUCAUCGUCCAAGCCUGCUGACACCAAACCAUCAAAUGUCGAUGAAACCGUCACACUGGAUCGUGAGGCAUUUGCAUUAUAUUUUGAUAUGCCUCUCGUGGCCGAUGGAUUGGUGGAGUCCACUGAGACGCAAGAUGAUGAACUUUCGGAAGAGCAGCAAGCAUUGGAAUUGGAAAAAAUGUGUAAUGAUCUUGAUGAGGCUUGUGCUCGGAUUGCUAAAUUUACAGUUCACAUGAACUGA